CAUUGUCCCCUUUUCAGCAUCAGUGGUACCUUCCGUAUUAUCAAGAUGGCCGACCUUCGUCACUAUGCGGCGUGAGUGGUUUUGCCUUGCACAAAUCAAUGAGAUUUAAAGCUACUAGCUUGAUCUAUACCAGCACAGCAUCGUGUUUCAGGCGGAGACUACAUUUCUACAUGGAGUAGUAAGUAUGGCUCAGGUACCAAACGACCUUCCUCCGACGACAGGACGUGUGCCUGUUGUUGAACUGUUCCAGCCGGGGAAAGUCGUGCACGUGUGCGCGCCCAUGGUACGUUACUCCAAGUUACCGUUUCGCGCUCUCGUGCGCCGCUACAACUGCGAUCUCGCCUUCUCUCCUAUGAUCAUCGCUGAAUCUUUCGUGAAGUCUCUGAAAGCCCGAGACAGCGAGUUCACCACGAACUCCGCAGACAGGCCGCUUGUGGUCCAGUUUGCAGCGAGAGAUGGUGUGACAUUAGCUGACGCUGCGGAGAUCGUUGCGCCGUACUCUGACGGAGUGGAUCUGAACUGCGGCUGUCCGCAGCGGUGGGCCAUGGCGGAGGGGUACGGAUCAUGUCUUCUGAAAAAUCCCGAGCUCGUCUCUGACAUGGUCCGACAGGCUAGAGCUAGAGUUUCUGACAAAGAUUUCUCAGUUUCCAUUAAAAUCAGGCUUCACAAAGACUUGAGAGAAACAGUAGAUAUGUGUCAGAAGGCAGAACAUGCAGGUGUAUCCUGGAUAGCUGUACAUGGUAGAACCCCCACACAGAGAGGGGAGCCUGUCAACACUGAAGCUAUUUCUCUCAUAAAACAGAGCCUGAGUAUUCCUGUCAUUGCAAAUGGCGACAUUAAGAACUUAGAGGAUGUGAGACGUGUACAGAGUUUAACGGGAGUUGACGGAGUGAUGGCAGCACGUGGUAUACUCCAGAAUCCGGGAAUGUACGCGGGGUAUGACCAGACCCCAUUACAGUGCGUACAGGACUGGGUGGACAUUUCUCUGAAGCUGGGAACUCAUUUUACAUGCUUCCAUCACCACCUGAUGUACAUGUUUGAACGAGUCACUCCCAAAUCUGAGAAGAGAGUCUUCAAUGCACUGACUAGUACAGCAGCAGUGUUGGACUAUCUAGAGGAGCAUUAUGGGGUUUCCUACAACCCUGAUAGUGCAGUAAAUAACAAGAGUCUUCCUACACAAAAUGGUUAUGCUGAUACAGACAACAUAUCACUCUGUUUUGAUAGCUAGUUCUUAUAUUUUUAAGUGGUUGCCUCAUUGUAUGACAUGUAUUUGUUGUCUAAUUGCUUUCUUGUGCCAUACUUGUAUAUUCAUGUUGUCACUAGUACUUUUAUGGUGUAUUUUUAUGAUAUUACAGAGGGCUAAAAUGUAAAUUAUUAUUUUAUUAACCCUUUGCAUGCCUUGUCUAUCUUAGAGUUAUGCUAAAAUAUCAGUUUUAUUGACAUAAGCCUAUUACAUUCUGCAAUUGAGCAGCAUUGAAUAAACUUGUCACA